AUGGCACUCCGAGAUCCAGAGUUAGUUUAAUAAAUGAAGUAAACAAUAAAAUAUUAAUAAGAUAAACUGAAUAAAAAAUCAAAGCUAUUACUGGCAAUAAAAAACAAUAUUGACUAUUUGACAGGAAUAUACAAAGAUAACUAAAGAGACCUGUAUGAAACAAGAACGAGAAAUAAGUUCUUAGUGAGUGAGAAUUAAGAACUUCAAGCAAUUAAUGAAUCAAUGAAGGUCUAACUUGAUAAAUUUAAAAAAGACUCUGAACUACUUUUUAAAGAAUAGCAAAAGAUAAAAGAGCUAAUAAUGGAAUAAGAGAAUUCUUAGGUUGAACUAGAAUCUCUUCAUAUGGCUAUUUAGUUGAAGAACGAUAAAAUGUUGAAGUUAGAGUUUGAUAUGCAAGUGAUGCAAACUGAGAAGUAAGCAUAUAUUAAAGAAUUAGAUCGUUAAGAUUAAGAAAUCAGAGGGCAUCUCAAGGAGCUCAAAGAGUUAAAAAUUAGGCAUGAACUCUUGACAGAUGAGAACGUAAAGAAUCUGAAACAGAAUGCAGACUAUAGAGACCUUAUUGUAAAUAAUGAAGACAAAAUGAACAAUUACAGAGAAGAGUUAAGCAAUACUUAGAGAGUCUUGCAAAUUAGAAACGAGUAAAUAGGCAGAUAUAAAGAGGAUGAAAUCGGUUUCAAGUAGCAGAUUGCUCAUCUCGAGUAGACAAUUUAAAAUUUUAGGAAUGAAAAUAAUGAGCUAUUAGAGUAAAAUAAGAAAAUGAUCUAUGGUGGAGGAUUGGUUGUCUCAGAUGAAUAGCUUAAGAUGAAAUUCUAAACCUUAAGUAAUGACUAUGAAUUCAAGAAAAAAGAGUGGGAUGCAAACGAAUCGAGACUGGUUGCAUAGCUUAAGUUUAGUAGAGAGUCAAAUGAAAAUCUAAAAAAUGACUAUGAUCUACUCUAAGAUAAGUUUGAAGCCUAUAUGAGAGCAAAUAACUCAAUAAACGAAGAUUUGAAAAAGGAAUUUGAGGAGCUUCAAUCUAAGCAUUUCAAGGUGAACUAUUUGUAUGAGGAACUAUAAAAAGAUUUUAAUGAGAGAUUAAGAUAAGAAGUGAUUAGAUAUGAAAGGAGAGAGGAUGAGCUUAUAGAAGAACUCAAGAAAAAAGAUGAAGAUUUGACUUAAACAUAAAAGGAAUUAUCUUCAUUACAAGGUGAAAUCAAGUUAAAGAUGACGAAGUUGAAGGUUUUAGAAUAUGAAUUAAAGAACUAAAAAGCAAAUGAAGAUGAUAAAGAAAGGAAGAUUCAUAGCUAGAUGAGCGUUUCGGAUGGUGUUUCAAGUUUAUCAACUAAUAAAAUCCAACUUCAACCCCCUUGA